AUGGCUUCUAAGACCUUCAACGUUGGUAUUAUCGGCUACGGCUUCAGCGCGAAGAUCUUUCACAUUCCGUUCGUCACCCAGGUUCCCCAGCUCAACCUCUAUGCCUUCGUGCAGCGCACCCCUAAGCCUAAUGACGAUGCGGAGAAGGAUUACCCCGGUGUCAAGUCUUACCGCACAUCAGAGGAAUUGGUCAAGGACCCCGCCGUCGACCUUGUGAUCGUCACCACAGCUCCAGACUCCCACUAUGAUCUGGUCAAGCUGGCGCUAGAGGCCGGAAAGAAUGUCGUUUGCGAGAAGCCCUUCACCCCCACCUACAAGGAAGCCGCCGAUCUUGUCAGCAUUGCCAAGAAGCAGAAUAAGUUGCUCGCUGUGUACCAAAACCGUCGCUGGGAUGCCGACUUCGUUACCCUCUCCAAGCUAGUCAAGAACGGCUCGCUCGGCCGCAUCGCCGAAUUCGAAACUCACUUUGACCGCCACCGUCCCGAGGAGCCCGCCGCCAAUGCUUCAUGGAAGAACAAAGUUAUUCCAGGUGGAUCUUCCAUUUAUGAUCUCGGAACCCACCUUAUCGACCAGGUCGUGCACCUACUGGGUUUGCCGCAAAAGGUGACCGCCUUCAUCGGCUCUUCUCGCGCAGUCAACACCUCCAACUACGAGGAUACCUUCACCGUCCUGCUGCACUACGCAAAUGGUACCCUGGCCACGGCCAAAGCAACUGUUGUCAGCCCCGAGGAGGAGCAAUUGCGCUUCUGGGUCCGCGGUGAGAAGGGUAGCUUCAAAAAGUUCCAUCUCGAUAUCCAAGAGGACCAGCUUAAGGCCGGUAUCAUGCCCCAGGACCACGGCUACGCAAUUGAGCCCAAGGAGCGCUAUGGUACUCUGACCACCAUCCAGGGUGACAAGCCUGUCAAGGAGGUUUACCCUACUGUGGAGCCUCCUACUUACACCGAGUACUACCGCAAGAUUGCGCGUGCUCUCGCUGGAGAGGGCGACUUGCCCGUUACUGGCGAUGAGGCUAGCCAGGUCAUCCGAUUGAUCGAGUUGGCUCGCGAGAGCUCCGCAACCGGAAAGACUCUGGAUUUGUAA